UAACAACUAAAUAUUCAUGGUUUAUUUGUGUUGUCAAAUGGUUUUUCGUCAAUGGAUGAAAACAAUGAUGAUUGUCUUUUGGUUCGAAAUUUUUUUCAUGCUUAUUGAUGCAACAAGAGAUACGAGUUUCAAUGAGAAUUAUUAUGUAACUUGGGGAAAUGAUCAUAUUAUGUUUUCUAAGCAAGGACGUGAAGUACAACUUUCGUUAGAUCGUUAUUCAGGUUCUGGAUUCGGGUCAAAAGAUUAUUAUGGAUCUGGAUAUUUUCAGAUGAGGAUUAAAUUACCGGGUUGGGAUUCUGCCGGUGUUGUUACUGCUUUUUAUUUAAAUACAAAUCUUGGCGCGCACGAUGAGUUAGACUUUGAGUUCUUAGGAAACAAACCAGGCAAACCUAUUACCCUACAGACGAAUGUAUUUGCAAAUGGAGUUGGAGGUAGAGAGCAAAGAAUUCGUCUUUGGUUUGAUCCCUCGACAGACUUCCAUUACUACAAACUAUUGUGGAACCAACAUCAGAUUGUGUUUUUUGUGGAUGACAUACCAAUACGGGUAUUCAAAAACGACAUGAUGAAUGGUGUGGGAUUUCCUAACAAAGCAAUGCAACUGGUUGUAAGCUUAUGGGAUGGGUCUAGUUGGGCCACCGAUGGUGGUAAAACGAAGGCUAAUUGGGCUCAUGCACCAUUUCUAGCUCAUUUUCAAGAUUUUAGAAUUGAUGGAUGUGUCUCAUCACCCAGUGGUCCUAAUAAGGACUGCUAUUCCUCAAGGUAUCCAUGGAAUAACCAAAGGUUUUGGCAAUUAAACAGUCGUCAAUUAAGAGCUUAUGAGAAUGUGAAAAGAAAGUAUAUGAAUUAUGACUAUUGUACCGAUCGAUCUAGGUAUCGAGUGCCUCCUCCAGAAUGCCAUGAGUGGUAA